GGAACACAUUUAUAUCGAAAGUAAAAGCUAAAUGUUUUUUUCUCCGCAGUUGUUUUUCAGACUCAAGACAACAAUCGAGUAAACAGUACAGCAAGCUGUAAAAGUGAACAAAUCUCAAUUUGACAUCGAGAAGCUUCUUCUAUUGUUUGUUCUUGACCUGUUUUUUUGGGUUUUAAUCAGCUACCAACACUGAGGGACAAAAGCAGCUGGAGAAAAGUCUUAAGUAAACAGUGCAGCAAGCUGUUCUACCAUCUACCAAAACUGACCUCAAGAAUUAGCUGUAGAAAAGCUGAUAUCUUUUGGCAACCAAAAGACAUGGAGGAAAACACACGUAUACAAAAUGAGACCUUGCUACAGGAAAAAUCAGAGAGCAGUAUAUCUGAUGAUUUGAACCUUGCAGCGACUUCUGAAUGUGAAAGUGUUAACUCCACUGAGAUAAAGAGAAGUAGUGAUGAACCAACAACCUCUGAAACCAAACCUGCUGUUCUGGUGGUGCUCCAUCACACAUUUGAUCCAGUGAGUGUAGUACCAGACAGCAGUAGAGCUGUAACCAGAGAGAAUGUGCUCCCAGUCGACUGUCUGUCCUAUGAAGAUCUGGGAUUACUGCAGUGCACGAAGAAUGAUGUGGCUUACAACAAAGUUAAAUUCUGGAGUGAGAAGCAGGUGAUGAAACGUAUUCAGAUUGCAGAAACAGAGGGUGAUGAAUCUUGGGAGGAUGUAAGUGCUACAGAAGUUUCUGAAAAUCACAGUAAAAACUCCUCUGAUGACGAGCAAAUGGAUGAGAGUCGGACACAAGAGCUAAAGAGUUCUGAUAAUAUAACAUCAGUAGGAAAAAGGUUUUCAGUUCUUCUGACUGGAAAUACACAGAAUGCACAUAAGACCUUUGUGGAUCAUCUUCGAGGAGAAAUAUCAGAUCUGCAGGAGGUGGAUAGAGUGGAUCAGAGUGAUUUCAUUCUGGUUUUCUGCCCUGUUGUUUCACGAGCUGGAACUGACAUUGAAGCAGCAGAGCGCAAGCUUCAGAGAAUUUCAGAAACCAAACCUGCUGUUCUGGUGGUGCUCCAUCACACAUUUGAUCCAGAGAGUGUAGUACCAGACAGCAGCAGAGCCGUAACCAGAGAGAAUGUGCUCACAGUCGACUGUCUGUUCUAUGAAGAUCUGGGAUUACUGCAGUGCACGAAGAAUAAUGUGACUUACAACAGAGUAAAAUUCUGGAUUGAGAAGCAGGUGAUGAAACGUAUUCAGAUUGCAGAAACAGAGGGUGAUGAAUCUUGGGAGGACGCAAGUGCUACAGCAGUUUUUGAAAAUCACAGUAAAAAGCCAUCUGAUGACGAGCAAAUGGAUGAGAGUCGGACACAAGAGCUAAAGAGUUCUGAUUCCAGCCAUUCACAACAACAUUCAACACUUGUCCCUCAGGAGAAAGACAUUAAAACAUGCAAUAUAGAGGACGAUUUUGAAUUUGUAGAAAAUAUAACAUUAAUAGGAAAAAGGUUUUCAGUUCUUCUGACUGGAAAUACACUGAAUGCACAUAAGACCUUUGUGGAUCAUCUUCGAGGAGAAAUAUCAGAUCUGCAGGAGGUGGAUAGUGUGGAUCAGAGUGAUUUCAUUCUGGUUUUCUGCCCUGUUGUUUCACGAGCUGGAACUGACAUUGAAGCAGCAGAGCACAAGCUUCAGAGAAUUUCAGAAACCAAACCUGCUGUUCUGGUGGUGCUCCAUCACACAUUUAAUCCAGAGAGUGUAGUUCCAGACAGCAGCAGAGCUGUAACCAGAAAGAAUGUGCUCACAGUCGACUGUCUGUUCUAUGAAGAUCAGGGAUUACUGCAAUGCACAAAGAAUAAUGUGGCUUACACAAAAAUAAAAUACUGGCGUGAGAACCAGGUGUUAUAUGGCCAAAUUGCAGGAAACAUAUCUCAGAGUUUUUUAUUAAGGAAAAAGUGUUUCAUUAUUUCUUUUGAAAAUAAUUGGACAUCCGGGGAACAUUUUAAGAAUGAAAUACCAGGACUUGAGGAGGUGUCUACUGUGGAGGAGUGCGAUUUGAUUCUUGCUUUCUAUUCUGCUGUUUCACAAGAUGAAUUUGGCAUAGAAUUAGCACUGAAAAAGAUCCAGGAUACUUCAGAUACCAAACCUGCUGUUCUGGUGCUACUUCCUCAUGCAACUGAGGCAAAGUGUGUUGAACUAAACAUCAGCAGAGCUGUUAACAGAGAAAACACGUUCAUAAUCAGCUGUCAGAUCUAUAAAAAUCAGUCAUUACUCCAAUUUUUGGGGGAAUUGAUAUGGAUCGUUUGGAGCAAUAAAUACCAGAUUUCAGACUUUGUUUUACAAUUUUUAGCACAUCUGCCUCAGUUAAUAGCAAGUAAGAUAGUAGGAUCAAGCACCCAGUUGUUAACACAGGAGAAGAAAAGUGAAGAAGACAAAAAACAGGACAGUUUUGUAUUUGUAGACAUGAAAGAUGAUGAUAAAGAUGAUGAUGAUGACCAAGAGGGGAGAGGGCAAAAGAGAGAGCCCAGAGAAAUGAGAGCUCAUUGGGAAGGUGAAUGUGGUGGAUACAGAAUGUGAGAUGCAGUUCCCGUGGCCAUAUUUAACUCCAAUCUCAUUUUCCAAGAUUGUGAAUUAUGUGCUGACCUGCAGUUUUUAUGGUCCUGUUAUACACAGUUGAAUUUGGAAUUCCUGGUUGCAUGUUGUUCUACAGUAGAUAUACUACUCAAAUGAUCAUAUCGAUAUUUGUAAAUGUAUAAUCACAUUAUUCUGACAUUGUAGUCAAUUAUUUAUUGAUUGAAAUGUUUGUAUUUACUUCAGAGAAGGUGAAAUUUUGAAAUGUAAAUGUAAACAUUAUUACUCCUGCAGUGCAUGUGCAUGUACAGUAUAUGCCCAGUGUCUGAUUUGACAGUCUGAUUUGACUUAUCCAGCCUUUUAUAUAGUAUAAAUCAGGGGUCACCAACAUGGUGCCCGUGGGCUCCUGGUAGCCCGCAAGGACCACAUGAGUAGCCCAUGCCUUUUGUAAAAAUAGAAUAAUUUUACUUUGUUAAAUCAUUGUUGAUAAUUAUUGU